ACAUAAUAUGCAUAAUAUACAUAACCUCACUUUUUCAAAACACAUGUCAAUACUCGAUUUGUAUUGCGGCGAUUUCUAUUCAUUUCGAAGUUGUUUAGUUAAUUUCCUUUAAAAUGGGCUUAACGAAACAAUAUCUCCGUUACGUACCAGCUGGAAAUUUUAAUAUAAUCGCCAGUCCUAAUUGUAACGUUGCUUUUGUCACGUUAGAAGGCCAAGUAGGAAGAUUUGUAGCUGUUGGGGCUUGUGAACAUGUAAUUAUAUGGGAUUUACGAUUAGGCGAAAAGGCUUUGGUUUUAGUUGGAGAAAAAGCUGCUGUUACUUACUUAUGUCCCAGUCCAAAUAAAAGAACUUUGGCUGUUGGUUAUUCAGAUGGAAAUAUUCAAGUUUACGAUUUAAAAAGCGGGGAUGUUUUGCAUAUAUUUUCAGGACAUAGAACGGAAAUUACUUGUUUAGCUUUUGAUAAUUUUGGAAAUAAAUUAGCUUCAGGUUCUAAGGAUACAGAUGUAAUCGUUUGGGAUACAGUAGCUGAAGUAGGAAUAUGUAGAUUAAAUGGGCAUAAAGGCCCGAUCACUCAAUUAACAUUUAUGUCCCAACAACCUGUUUUAAUAUCAAGUUCUAAAGAUACUUACAUCAAAUUUUGGGAUUUAGACACUCAACAUUGUUUUAGAACUUUAGUUGGACACAAAACUGAGGUAUGGACUAUAUCAUUGGUAAAAGACGACAAAUAUUUAGUCACCGGUUGUGGUGAUGCUGAAUUAAGAGUUUGGAAAAUUUCCCAAAGAGAUCCCGAUGGUGAAAAUAAACUUCCACUUGAUCAGUUGGCAUUAAACAUGGAGAUUACAUCUUUAGAGGACAUAGAUGACCCAACUUAUCCAUUGCAAUGCCAUAAAGUUGGUUCCUUAUUAAGAAGUGGUAAAGGUCGAGUUGUUUCAAUGUUUUGUGAUGACUCCCAACAAAUAUUAGGAUGUCAUGGAACUGAUUCUCAAGUAGAACUCUUCAAUUUUUGCUCUGAUGAUGAAGCUAAUGUAAGAUUAAAAAAACGACUAAAGAAAGAAAGAAAAAAGCAAAAACAAGAAGAAACCGUUCAAAAAAUUGAUGAGGAAGAAGUUGAACAAAAAAUUGAAGGGGAACUAAGCCUCAAAGACGAAGUUAAACGAUUAACACCCAUAAAAUUAUCGAGUAAACCAAAAUCGUUUCAUUUAGUUUUGGGAAAUGGCGGCGAAUUACGUUUGGCUGUAACUUUGCAUAAUAAUACAGUUGAAAUGCACAAUUCUCAGCUGUUAGAAAAAAAUGCUGAGCCGAAAUGUUUGCGCUCAAUUGCCCAACAAGGUCACCAUAGUGAAGUUAGAGCUGUUAGUUUUAGCUCUGAUAAUUUGGGGAUUGUUACUGGAGGCGCAGAUUCGAUUAAAUUAUGGAACAGGGCAUCACAGGCUUGUUUGAGAACCGUCGAAACGGGUUAUGUGCUUUCUUUGAGUUUUGUACCCGGAAAUCGUCACGUUUUGGUUGGUUUGAAAGAUGGAAGGUUGUUAAUUAUUGAUAUAGCAGCUGGAGAUGUUCUAGAAGAGAUUCCUGCUCAUAAUACGGAGUUGUGGUCAAUUUGUCUUCAACCUGAUAUGAGAGGAUGUGUAACUGGAGGUGGUGAU